AUGUUAGAAAUUAAGCAACGCGUAAAUAAUGUUGUCUUUGUGACGCAUUGUAAUGCGAAGUUGCCAGGCGAUAGUUUUAUAAAGGCUAGAGAGUACUGGAUAAAGCAAGUUGAAAGUAUUUCAGCUGAAAUUGGAGCCGAGGUUUAUAACCCAACCUCGCUGAUGGAAAAAUUCGGACAAGAGUUGUCUUUAGAAAAAGAAGGUUUGGAUUUAACGCAUUACUCUCCAAUAUUUGAAAGCCAUUUAUUUGAAGAUUGGAAUCAAAAAUACAUUAUCCCAUUACAAAAAGAUAAAUUCUCAAUUCACUUUGAUAAUGCUCAAUUAGCCGUUCAAAGUUUCGAGGACGGUGAAUUCAACACGCUUGAAAAUAUGUAUCGUCAAGGUGAAUUGAGUGCCGUAUUAAGGAAAAUAUAUCCUAUCGUUCGAACGCAACCUGAACGCAUUGAUGUGGUUGAGCUGCUGGCAAAAAUAUUAUACGAUUUGGGUGAUUUUGAAGGCUGUGCUUUGCAGUUAAAUAAGCCGGAUGUGUUGAAAAACGCAGAUUAUUGGUUUUCGGAGGAGCGGUGGGAUUCUGAUGUUGUUUAUAUGUGCGCAAAGUCAUCUUUUGCUCUAGGACAGGUUGAAAAAGCAAUUGGUUUUUGGGAACGCUUGUAUCAAGGAGAUAGUCACAAAUUUGAGGCUGCAUUGGAGCUGGCGACCAUAUUUAUGGAACAAGAAAAAUAUGCUCUAGUGGUUGAGUGGUCAGAAAAAGCGGUUCAGCUUAAACCGUAUGACCUAGGUGUUUUAAAGCGUCUAAGUCUUGUAUAUGCCUUGGUUGGAAACGGAAAAGAGCUUGAAAAUGUAAUGAAUAAAUUGAUAAAUUUUGGUGCUAAUGAGGCGCUGAAUGUCAUUAACGUUGCAUUAACUCAUCAAUUUCCGUUGAUUGCUGCCAAAGGAUUAAGCAAGAUUCAUGAAAUUUGGCCGCACGAUGUUGAAAUAAAAAACUCAAUUUCAAGAGUGGCCGCUGAAUGGCUCAUGACGAUUGAAAGCGAUAAUUUGAGUAACGUAAAUGUGAAGCAGUGGUUGGAACAAUUAAAUGCUUUGGCAAUUAUUCAACCCAGAAAUAAUCUUGUCAUUAGGAAGCGCCGAGAGUUUAUCAAAACACAACGAGAAGCACUAAGAGAAGCACAUAAAAACAGUGAUUACCUAAAGGCGAUUGAGGCAGGUCAAAAUAUCAUAACAAUUGAUCCUUUGUUUCCAAGCAUUCAUUUAUCAACAGGUCGCUCUUAUUAUAUGAGUGAAAUGUAUGGUCAGGCGCUCGACUGUUUUGUGACUGCGACUUGCUUGGAUGAGAAUGAUCAAACUGCAUGGUCUUACCGCUCAAGGUCUGCAAUCAAGGUGGAAAAUUAUACGGAUGCGUUAUUCUCGUUGAAUCAGUUGAAGUUUUUUUUGGCAGCAGAUGAAGGUGACUCAGUAAAAGAAAUUGAUAACACGAUAGCGAAAGUAUUGGUUUGGGCUGUUAAAAAAGCUCGGGCUUUAUAUGCUUGCGCUGACUAUGAGGCUGCAUGGACUCUCGUCAACUCAAUACUCAAUGAAUAUCCUGAUUAUGAACAAGCUCAGAAAUUAAAAAUAUUCAUUUUAAGAGGUCAAUUAGAGCAGUUGCGCAAUGCGGCUGAUGAUGAUGUUGAAACUAAAGUCAAAGUGGCCGUAUCUGUCUUAGAAAAAGAUGAGUCAAAUACUGUCGCAUUGCGUGUGCUGGCGAGUGAAUUUAUGAAGCAGCGAAAUUUCGCUGCGGCAUUAAUCUACUGGGAAAAGCUGAGUGCGUUAUUUUCCGAAACAGAGUCAUUUAAAAAACAAAUUGAUAAGUGCAAUGUGAUGUUAGCCAAGCAAGUUGUAGCGGAUUAA